AUGUCUACCCAAAGAAAUAUGAUGGAGGUCGAUGAUGAACAUAAGAUAUUAACCAAGUGUUAUAUUCUAAAUGUAGCUAUCUUAACCCAUCAACUCGGAGCCCUAGAAGAAUCAUACACUCAGACAAAAUUACCUGUUUGGGAAGGAGCUUCAAUGUCUGAUACUGAAGACGUUUCUGUUACUAAUGACAUGAUCAGCAAUGGCGACAAUGAUGACAGUAGAAGCAACAGCAAUGAAAUCAGUGAAGACGAAAGCGAAGACGAUGUUAUUGAGCUCAACGACAAUGAAUUGAAUAGUGAAGAUGUGUGUAGUCCCAAUGAAGUAUUAACAUCGAAAACUUAUUCUCAAUUACAGCAGUUGUCAAUACUCAUUUACAAUACCCCCGAUAUGCCCCAGAACCCAGUGCACAGGUUCAUUGCUACUUUUGUGGUGAUGUUCGCUUCCCACUAUGUGGUUGACAAGGGUGCCGUUGUCUUAAUCAAGUUCAUCAACAAGCUCUUGACAAUUUACGAGCAGGAUUUCUAG